CCAAAAUCAUUUACAAACUAUAAAUACAAACAACACAAUUUCCCUUAUAUUUCAUCCCAACAUUCCAAUGGAUAUCACAACUUUUCUUAAAGAUAACAAUUUCUCCUCGCCUCUUCUCUUUUUCACCACAAUCUUUCUAGUUUUACUUGUACUAAAGCAAACAAAAUUGUUUUAUUACAAGAGUGAUGAAAACCUCCCACCAGGUCCAACAAAGUUGCCAAUCAUCGGAAACCUACAUCAACUGGGAGACAAACCUCAUGUUACGCUUGCCAAUCUGGCCAAAAGAUAUGGCCCACUCAUAUCUCUUCGCUUAGGCAAGCAACUUCUUGUGGUCGCCUCUACACCAGAGGCGGCCAAAGAAAUCCUCCAGACUCAUGAUCGCCUUCUUUCCGCUCGUAGUGUGCCUAGUGCAUUUCAACAACCAUCUCUAUUACCUCACUCCCUUAUGUGGAAUGAGUGCAACCAAACAUGGAAAACCCUAAGAACCCUUUGUCGAACCGAAAUGUUUUCGGUUAAAGCUUUAGAAUCCCAUUCGAGAUUACGAGAGGAAAACUUUGCUAAGUUGAUAGAUUUCUUACGUAAAAAGCAAGGGCAAGUGAUUAACAUGGAGGAUAUGAUUUUCACUACAUUGUUCAACACACUGACUUCCAUUAUCUUUGCCAAACAAUUUAUUGAUUUGGCUGACGAAAAUGAAACUCAUGAUUUGUUGAAGGAGACAAUAAAUAAAGUAAUCGAAUAUGCUGGUCGUUUUUUUGAAGGGUUUGAUCUUCAUGGAACAAGGAAAGGUGCCAUGAAAGAAUACAAGAAGAUCUUUGCAUAUUUGGAAGAUACAAUUGAGGAAAGACGAGCAUGUGUCAAUUCUUCAACAUGGUCAUCAGAAAAAGCCCAAUCUUUUUUGGACCGCUUGCUCGAAAAUGGAUUCUCAAACAACCAAAUAUAUCAACCGGUUUUGGAAUUAUUGGUAGCCGGAACAAAUACAACAACCACGACUGUGAUAUGGGCUAUGUCGGAGCUUAUACGAAACAAAGAUGUCAUGUCCAAAGUACAAAAAGAAAUAAAAAAUGAAAUAACCUCGGACCAAAUCACCAACUCUCAACUAUCUAAAUUAACUUAUCUACAAGCAUGCAUCAAAGAAACGUUCAGAUUACACCCGCCCGUGCCUCUUCUCCUUCCUCAUAAGGCGAUUGAAACGUGUGAGGUUAUGAACUACACAAUUCCUAAAAAUGCAAAAAUACAUGUGAACCUUUGGGCGAUGGGUCGAGACCCUAAUGUUUGGGACAACCCUUUAUCUUUCAAUCCCGAAAGAUUUAUGAACUCAAAAGUGGAUUUUAAAGGCCAAGACUUCGAGUUAUUGCCAUUUGGUUCGGGGAGGAGAGCAUGUCCUGGAAUGCCAUCCGGAAUCAAGAGCGUUGAAUCCGUGUUGGCGUAUUUGAUUCGUGAGUUCGAUUGGGACCUCCCAAACGGUGAUGAUCCAUCAAAGCUAGACAUGAAUGAAAGAUUUGGGCUAGCUUUAAAAAGGGAAAAGCCUUUGAUGCUAAUCUUUAAACAAAGAAAUUAAAAGCGAGUCCAUAUGCUUAGUUCAUAUGUUAAAGUCAAAGUCAAACAAUAAUAUAUGUUUAAUUAGUGUGUGUAGUUUAAAUUUGGAGAUUGGUGUAUGAUAAAUAAUAAUAUUUUUGUCACUUCGUUUUUUGUUA